AUGGCAAAACAAUAUGUUUAUGGUGAUUAUGAAAAGCAGUACGGUGUUUUGAGAGAAUAUGCCAUGGAAUUGAAGUCAAAGAAUCCAGGAACAACUGUGAAGAUAGAUGUCGAAACUGAACCCAAUGGUCCCUUUCCAGGACAAAUUCUUACUGCAGUUGGGCUUGAUUCGAACAAUGGCAUUUACCCAGUUGCAUAUGCCAUUGUAGAGACUAAAAAUAUUAACUCUUGGACAUGGUUUUUGGAACACUUGGGUGAUGACUUAGAUUUGAAUUCUUCAUCUAACUUCACUUUCAUUUCAGAUCGGCAAAAGGGAAUCUUGGCUGCAAUAGAGAAGUUAUUUCCAUCAGCUGAGCAAAGGUUCUGUUUAAGACAUGUGUAUGACAACAUGAAAUUGAAACACAAAGGAGAUGAAUUGAGGGAAGCAGUAUGGUGUUGUGGAAAAGUAUACAACAUACCAAAAUUUAAUAGGGCUAUGGAGAAACUGAAAAAGCUUAACCCAGAAGCACAUGAGUGGUUAAGUAAAAUUCCUGCAAAACACUGGGCAAGAUCCCAUUUCUCUGGAAGGGCAUUGACUGAUAGUUUAACAAAUAACUUGUGUGAGGUAUUUAACUCCAAGCUAGAUGAGGCAAGGGACAAGCCUAUAAUCACUUGUUUGGAAUAUAUUAGAGAAUACCUCACAAAGAGAAUAGUAAAUGUUCAUAAGGUGCUAGACAAAUGCAAAGGUUCUCUAAGUACAACUGCAACAACAAUCUUAGAAAACAAUAAGACAGAGGCAAGUAAGAUGAGGGUUUUAUUUAAUGGAGCUGAUAAAUAUCAAGUGACUGGUCUAUGGAUGGAGCAGUAUGUUGUGAAUUUGAAAGAGAGGAGUUGCACUUGCAGGAAAUGGGACAUUACAAGUAUUCCAUGCCAGCAUGCUAUUGCUGCAAUGUAUGAUAAGAUGCAGAAUGGGUCAGAAUGUGGAGAUCCUGAGGCUUGGGUGAGCAAAUGUUACUGGCUUAGUACAUGGAAUGCUAUGUACCAACACACAAUUGACCCAAUAAAUGGAAGGAGCAUGUGGCCUAGAUCUGAUUGUCCAACAACCCUUCUCCCACCCAAACAUCACAAACAGGUUGGUAGGCCAAAGAAAAAAAGGAAGAGGGCAGUUGAUGAGCCAAUUCAAAGUACCAAGUUAAGUAGGAAACACUUGACAGUCACUUGUAGCAAAUGCCACAACAAAGGUCACAAUGCUAGGACUUGCAAGGGGCAGGGAGGUCCUAGUGAAGCUGGAUAG